AUGAUCUCGUUGCUGUGGUGCCCCACCCAUAGCGUCAGUAUCAGUGCACGCCACGUGAUCGGCCGAAAACCUUCGACCUCUGUCGCCUUUUGCUCACCAGAAACACGGUGGCUGUCACCACGCCUAAUUCCGAAAAGAGGUUCUACUUUGACGCUCUACGGGGGAAACACCCGCUGGACUCGGAGCUGACACAAGGUUGCUCGCACGUACACGACGAGAUCGUACAAGGCUACACCAGAGCAUCGUAUGGCGCGACCCUGAAUCUUCAUAUCUGA